CUUCCAUAAAAGGCAAAAGAAUCUCGAAGCGUCAUGACUUGCCUCUCCUGUUUCUCGUUCUUCCCCCGCUCCCUGUCCGUGUUUCGCACGCCGCCCCACGGCCCCAGAGGCCCAGCCGCAUCAAACCGCUCUCCUCUCUCCCCGCAACCACAAAGAAGCGCAAACGCAGCACAGCAAACGCGCCGCGCAUCCGGAGAUCCCAAAGAGGAAGAGCGACGCGAAGGAAACAUCAUUGCGGCAUGGCUUUGUCCGCCGCCGUCGGGCUUCAGCUCAUUGGCGUCGCCGCGGCCACGCUCCUCGCGGCGGUCUUUGCAGCCGCCGUGUUGGGGCGGCGCCGCCGGCCCCGGGCACCGGUGGUGGAAGGGAAGCCCGCGCCGGAUGCUGGCUGCGCGGUUGCUGACGGCGAAGGUAGCGCCGGCGACGGCGGAACGGACGUCAUCAUCGUGGGCGCCGGGGUAGCUGGAUCUGCGCUGGCAUACACACUCGGAAAGGAUGGUCGCCAGGUCCAUGUUAUUGAGAGAGACCUGACAGAGCCUGACAGAAUUGUGGGUGAACUGCUGCAACCUGGGGGCUACUUGAAAUUGAUUGAGUUGGGUCUUGAGGAUUGUGUUCAAGAAAUUGAUGCUCAGCGUGUCCUUGGUUACGCAUUAUUCAAAGAUGGGAAGAACACAAAGCUUUCUUAUCCCUUGGAAAAGUUCCAUUCUGAUGUUGCUGGUAGGAGCUUUCACAAUGGGCGGUUUAUACAGAGGAUGCGCCAGAAAGCUGCAUCUUUACCCAAUGUCCAACUGGAGCAGGGAACUGUUACAUCACUGCUUGAAGAAAAUGGCACAGUCAAGGGUGUUCAAUACAAGACCAAGUCAGGUGAAGAACUAAAAGCUUAUGCACCCUUGACCAUUGUCUGUGAUGGUUGCUUUUCAAAUUUACGACGCGCUCUUUGCUCUCCUAAGGUUGAUGUUCCGUCUUGUUUUGUUGGGCUGGUCUUGGAGAAUUGCCAACUUCCUCACCCGAACCAUGGCCAUGUUAUUUUGGCCAAUCCUUCACCCAUCCUGUUUUACCCAAUAAGCAGCACUGAGGUGCGUUGUUUGGUUGAUGUCCCUGGUCAAAAAGUGCCUUCCAUAGCAAGCGGUGAAAUGGCAAAUUAUCUCAAAACUGUUGUUGCACCCCAGAUUCCUCCGGAAAUCUAUGAUUCUUUUGUAGCGGCCAUUGAUAAGGGAAGCAUAAGAACGAUGCCAAAUAGGAGCAUGCCAGCUGCUCCACAUCCAACCCCUGGUGCGCUUUUGAUGGGGGAUGCGUUCAAUAUGAGACAUCCUUUAACUGGCGGAGGAAUGACUGUUGCAUUAUCUGACAUUGUUGUCCUAUGUAACCUUCUCAAGCCUCUUGGCAAUCUUCAUGAUGCCUCUUCCUUGUGCAACUACCUUGAAUCGUUCUAUACAUUGCGGAAGCCGGUUGCUUCUACAAUAAACACAUUGGCCGGUGCUCUGUACAAGGUCUUUAGUGCCUCGCCUGAUCAAGCUAGGAAUGAGAUGCGCCAAGCUUGCUUUGACUACUUGAGCCUUGGAGGCGUCUUCUCAAAUGGGCCUAUUGCUCUACUCUCUGGUCUCAAUCCUCGUCCAUUAAGUUUAGUUGUGCACUUCUUUGCUGUUGCUAUCUACGGUGUUGGUCGCCUGAUGCUCCCUAUUCCUUCACCUAAAAGAAUGUGGAUUGGAGCUAGACUGAUUUCUGGCGCAUGUGGCAUCAUCCUCCCUAUCAUCAAAGCUGAAGGUGUGAGGCAAAUGUUCUUCCCUGCUACCGUCCCUGCAUACUACCGGUCUCCUCGUUCAGCGGAGUAACAAGAGAUAAAACUGCAAACUGAUCUUUCACGGAUGGCCUUUUUCCCGUGUCGAGUCUGUCCUAGCCGGUCGUUUGUGCUCUCAAUGGAAUGAGAGGAACCUGUGUAGUGUGAUCUCCCGUGGGUGCUGAUUCGAGUUAAAAAUGUGCAAGUUUGUUCCGGUGCGUAUGUCGAUUCGUCCUAAGUUGUAUAUGCUUCUUGAACUAGCGGAUUUCUUCUCACACGCUGAUCGAACUGCGGUUUCCCUUGUCUACUGAAUUCUAAGCC